UAGUUGAAGUUUUAGUUUAGGUUUCAAAAAAGUAAGAAAAAUUGCAAUUCGAAAAAAAAGUUUUCUAAAUUUUUUGUGAUGCGUGAAAUUGUAGCCCUUCAUCUCGGCCAAUGUGGGAACAAAAUAGCGGACAGCUUCUGGGAAACCGUCUGCGAGGAGCACUGCCUGAACGAUCAGGGCCAAUUCAUCGGAAAGCACUUCCUGCCACUGCAGCGGAUCAAUGUCUACUUCGACGAAGCGCCGUGUUGCAAUUUUGUUCCACGUGCCAUCUUCGCCGAUUUAGAACCGGGUACGUUGAAUGGCUUACGGUGCAGCCGUUUCGGGAAACUAUUCUCCCCGGACAGUUUGGUGAGCGGAAAUUUGGGCGCAGGAAACAAUUGGGCCCGCGGGUAUCACACCGAAGGAAGGGAAUUGAUGGACCGGCUGAUGAAUGUAGCCCGGAAGAUGGUCGAAGGCUGUGAUUGCUUCCAGGGAUUCCAACUGGUUCACUCGAUCGGUGGAGGAACUGGUUCCGGGUUGGGUUCGUUGGUUAUGGAAAAUUUGAAAGACGACUAUCCUCGGAAGAUAAUGAACACAUUUAGUGUUAUUCCGUCACCUAAGGUUUCAGAAGUAGUCGUUGAACCGUACAAUGCCGUAUUCAGCUUAGGCACCAUGACCACUUGCAGCGAUGAGACUUUUUGUCUGGACAACGAAGCACUUUAUGACAUCAACAUGACUACCCUGCGAAUCCCGAAACCUACCAUUGAUGAUCUGAACCACUUGAUAUCGAUGGCAAUGUCCGGUAUCACCUGCAGCUUCCGAUACCCUGGUCAACUAAACUCGGACUUGCGGAAGCUUUUGACAAACAUGGUCCCAUUCCAGAAGCUGCACUUUUUCGUACCCGGAAUUGCUCCGCUGACUGCAAAGGCGAACGAAUGCUACAAGCAACUUUCUGUUCCGGAGUUGGUUUAUCAGAUUUUCGACGAACGAAACCUGAUGGCGGCCUGCUCUCCCAGCAAAGGGAAAUAUCUCACCGCAGCUGCUCUUUUCCGAGGUCGGGUUUCGACCCGAAAUGUAGAGGAACAGAUGGCCAACAUGCGGCAGAAAAACAUUGACUGUUUUGCUCCCUGGAUCCCCAACAAUGUCAAGUCCGCUAUUUGCGACAUUGCACCAAGAGGCCUUAAGAUGGCAGCCACCUUCAUUGCCAACACAACGGCCAUUACUCAUCUAUUUUCGCGGCUGUUAGAGCAAUUCUCGACCAUGUACCGACGAAAGGCUUUUCUCCAUUGGUAUCUCGGGGAGGGAAUGGAGCAGCAGGAAUUUACCGAUGCUGAGCAAGAACUUAGACAACUCAUUUCCGAGUAUGAGUGUUACGAUGAGAGGGCAGGUCAGGACAGCACAGAAAACGUGGAGUAGCCUAUAGCGGAGUUGUAAGGGUUUACGUUUAUAAAACGCCCUAAAACACACGGUAUUGUACAAAAAAAUUGUAUACAAAAAG